AUGGCUUUUUGCGAUUUGAGUGUCUUCACGACGGAACUGUCGUGCGCUACAGGUAAUGCACGUCUUCGCAGUCGCCAGGCAACCCUGUUCACCUUGAAGGGUCGCGUUCACAGGACUGCGUCGGAUCUUCGCAGGACUCACAAAAUCAGUCGUUUGGUGAGCAUGAACGUUAGCGAAACACUCACAAGCACCAAAGCUGUUCAAAAUUUGGAGCCAUUAGGCACCAAAGAGAGCGUCCUGGAUGCUGCAGUCUCGGCGAAAAAAGUCCAAGCUCCGGGCACCGCAGCACUUUACUUUGCUUACGGCAGCAAUAUGUGCCCCCGAGUACUGGGACCCGACACUGAUCUUCUCUAUUUGUUGCGACGAAUAUCGUCGUCGUCCUGGGAAACCGGAGAGCCGGCCGUACUGGAAGGGUUCAGCCUUGAGUUCAGCUGCCCUGGCGUGGAAGCCCUCGGAGAACCAGCAUUCGCCAACAUUGUGCCUGCCGUCGAGGCCAAUUCUGGUGCACCCCGUGAGCAGUAUGAUACAGAGGUUCACGGUGUUUUGUUUCGAUUGACACAAGCAGAAUUAGACCGCAUCCUAUUAUCGGAAGGGGUCGGGUUAGGGCGCCAGCGCGUCGUCAACGUCACAGUACGCACCUACCGCAACGUACUCUAUGAAAAUGUCAAGACAGUCGCGUAUGUAUCAUGGGAGAUACGGAAUCCACAAAAGCCCUCGUCACGUUACCUCGAGCUCAUCCUGGAAGGCGCUAAUUACUUUCACUUGGAUAUUCGGUAUGUUCGAACGCUUCUGCGCAAGGCCUCCGGUGAGUACACCUCUGCCGCGCUCCCAGCCACGAAUAAUAUUCAGAGCGACAUGGUGAAAAUGCUUCAGGACAUACAGGUUCCCCAACAGAUUGUGGCGUUUUAUCAAGAAAUGCACCACCUCAAGGGAACGGUUCGAUUCAUCAUGCCUCCGAUGCUUGACGAGAGCUCACGGGCGACUAGGCCGCUGUUGCUGUUCUUCCCCGGCCUAGAUGGCACUGGCAUCAGUAUUGCUACACAGCUUAGAAUGUUUCAGUCAAAAUAUGAUGUUCGCAUUUUGGUGAUUCCUCGGGACAACCGAAUGCCGCUGGAUGAAUUAGGGAACACAAUUCUGGAUUGUUUGGAGUGCCUCUGGAAACAAAAGACAGAGGUACUGAUGUCGAAAGAGGUAUCGCACGAGCCUCAGGUUGCACCGGAUGUUCUCGCUGAGAGCAUGGGCUGCUUAUUGUGGUUUGAGUGUGUAAGAGCUUUUCGCAGACGAGCGAAUCUCAAAUGCGGCGCUGUUGACCCCUGCGAAAGCCCUACUCGCGCUCUGGCAAGGCACGUCAUGCUGGUGAACCCAGCAACUAGUUUCAGCAAAUCAGCUCUCGCUCCAGUUUGGGAAAAUAUCUCUGCAUUACCCGACCCCGUUUACCACGUUGCUCCGUACAUAUUUAGCCCUAUUCUGAUCGAUCUGCUCCAGCUUUUGGCAGAGCCCAGUAUGGCGUUUCAGUCACUCCAGCGAAUGGGUGUCCUCCGCGAAAUCUUGCCCAAGGAGACGCUCCGUCAUCGGGUGCGACUCAUUCGCGACUUUCGCUAUGCAGCCGAUGACUUUGCGGCUGCAGCAGAGUACGGUGCUGAGCAAUACACAAUCGCAGUUGCAGCGAAUGAUGCUCUGCUGCCCUCUCUAGCAGAAUCAGAGAGUCUCCUUGGAAAGCUUACGCUGCCUUUUCUCGAAAUUCAAAAAACGGGGGUCCGGAGGAUGAGUAGCCUUCCUGCUACUGUUGUUCGGUACGUUGCAACUCAAGGUGGGCACGCGCUGCUCCAGUCGGGGAGCUUCGAUGCUUACCAGCAGCUCAUGGUUAAGGCUGAACGCGCACAUGAUCGCAUUCGAAGAGGUCUUUUGGAACGAAUACCCAAAGCUGCGAAAGAUUCACAUACCCGUUCGUCUCCGAGCCAGCAUACAACGGACGUCACCGACAAAACAAUGGGCUCAGGUUUCGUAACUGAAACCCUCGACAACGACCAAACACUUGUUGCCAGGUCGCCAACAAAUGGACAGCUGGAUCGAUAUGCGAUACGGCAGAGGACUGGCUCGUCCGUGCGGGAUUCAACCACGGGCUCACGGUUUUUCCCGAGGAACAAGUUCGCGCUCGGCGAGACGCGGUGGCAGCUUCAACGACAGAGGCGUCUGCUUUCGCCAAUUUUUCUGGAUUUCGACAAGGUACCCUUAUCAUCAUCAACGCGUCCGGUUCUGUUUGUUGGAAAUCAUACCCGUUUGGGGCUCAUCGAUUUACCAUUUCUGAUUGACCAAGUCUGGAAGAGCCGGGGUGUAUUCGUGCGGGGUCUGGCACAUCCCAUUAUAUUCGCGAUGCAGCAGCGGGGUCAGUCUCAAUGGGAAAGUGCGGGAGAUCGGCAGCGCACGCGAGCCCGCGACUUUGCGACGAAUCUCGCUGCACUAGGCGCUGUAUCUGUAUCACCGCGAACGGUUUACAGUCUCCUUCGGAACGGCGACUCUUUAUUGCUUUUCCCAGGCGGCGCCCGUGAAGCAUAUAAGAGACGUGGCGAAAAUAAUCAAAUUUUUUGGCCGAAGGAUGAAGAGUUUGUGAGACUUUGUGCACGCCUCGAUGCUGUUAUUGUGCCUUUUGCCUCUUUUGGCCCUGAUGACAGCUUCGACGUCGUGGCGGACGGAGAAGAACUCUUGAACGUACCUUUUCUGGGCGGCUUUAUUCGCAAUCAGUUUGAAAGAAUGGGUGUUCGCGCUGAUAUUGUGCGUGCUUGGCGCUCGCCGCUUUCCGAGCAGCCCUCUGAUGCGGCGAUCGCAGACCUGUUGAUCCCGCUGCUGCGACCGCGGCCGCCACUGCGACUCUACUUCCAGUUUUUCGAUCCGGUAUAUCCCGAUGCAUCCCUUGUAAGAGAUCGGCAACGAGCGCAGAGCAUCUAUGAGGACAUCCGCUCUACAGUCGCGAAUGGUUUGCGUCAUCUCGAAUGCAUCGCCAAAAGACAGGACGCAUACCUCCAUUUUCAUCAGCGUUUCCUGUACGAAAGCCUUCAUCAGGGUGCACAGGCACCAACACUGACACCCUGGUCCACUGUAGAUGCGCAUUUGCUGCUGGACUGA